AUGCACAGCCGCGCUACUCUACCGUUCCAUUUCAAUUCUUAUUCUUUACCUCCCAUGACUCGACUUCAAAGUACCAAGAGAAUACGUCUCGCGGUCAUCUUGAUAUUCAUCGUGGUGUCCUUUGGCUAUAUCGUUACUCGACAGCCUCCAACAACAUCUGAAGAUGCUCUGAACGUUGUCCAGGAGUAUCUGAACAGAAAAAUGGCACCUAUAGCGAUCAAAGGAGAGCCGAAUAAUAAGCAAAAAGAGUCCAAGAACGGAGCACUCAAUAACAAGCUUAAGGGAAACAGUAUACGGCCUCCUUUGAAGCAACAGGGUACACCACCUCAAGCCAUUCCUCAUACCGAAGAUGAAGAUCCCAUAAAUAAUCCUCAUGGAUUUCUUGGAGAUAUUAACGAGAUAGACGAUGAUGAAGAAGAGCUCUUUAGUGGCAUGUAUGACAGUGCUGAGUCCGACGAGAAAGGUGUGAAUCGACCAGGGGUACCCAAGAAGGGAAGCGCCAACCCUGCAAAUCCGAUCGUUACCGACGAAAAAGACUUUGCAGAAGUUCCUCAAGAUUUUGCCAGUAUAGACAUUACUCCGAUGACAUUCAGAAUAUACUCUCACAACGUGAGAAAUGGCGGAAGAGAUAUCUUGGACCCUGGGGAGGAAUCAUGGCUCAAGAGAUACCGCAAGAUUACUGCAUCCAUAAAGUUCAACUCUCAGCUCAAUACUGUGGUAGCUCUUCAAGAAGUCUACAAAUUUCAACUUGAUGAUAUUAUGAGAGACUUAAAUCGUUAUUCUCCACCUGAAGAGCCCGAGUGGGAAGCGUACGGUGUUGGAAGAAUCGACGGCGACCAAUUAGGUGAGUUUGUCCCCAUUUUAUUCAAAACAUCAGAAUGGGAAAUGGUGUUUUACGAUAGUAUAUGGCUCAACGAAGAUAACCCACGGAUGGCUCUCGAAGGCUGGGAUGCAAAAUACUUGAGAAUCGUAUCCUAUGUUACUUUGAAGCAUGUAUCAGGAAACUACAUCAAUGUUUUCAACACCCAUCUCGACCAUAUGGGAGAGUUGUCCAAGCAAGGACUGGCACAAAUCAUUUUGGACAAGAUGAACUCUAUAAAUCAGUGGCCCUCUUUCUUGUGUGGAGACCUCAAUACUGAACCUAAUGAGAAAGCAUAUCAAAUCAUUACCGAACAAUUUCGUAACCUGGCGAAGUUAACCACGGCUUUUAACAAGUAUGGCCAUUCCAAGUCUACUGUCACUGGAUUCGAAGGAGAAGUACUCCUCAAUGGCGGCCAGAAUAUAGACUACAUCUUCGCUCCAAGUUAUACAGCGAAGCUUGGGGAGACGGUGCUAUGCGACAAGUUGACUACUUCGCCUCCUUCGGAACGAUACUUGGACCUUCGCUUGAAGAGUUUUGGCAUGCUUCACUCUAAAUUCAACGGACUUUACAUGAGUGAUCACCGGCCCAUAGUUGCUGACUUUACGUUGAAGAAUAAGUGUAAGGGGAAGUGA